CGCACAUACACAAAACUAUGUGAUUUCGUAACGUUGUACGUGUACGUGGAUUAUAUAUGUAUAUGUAUAAAUAUAUAUACACGUAUAUUAUAAUAUUAUAAAAUGUGCGUGUGUGUGUGUGUGCGCGCGCGCGCGCGUGUGUGUUCAUACUUCCAUAAUCGAUUGUAAACUCGAAUAAUUUUUCUAAAUAUUAUUAUUAUUAUUAUUAUUAUUAUUAUUGUUGUUGUUGUUGUCGUCGUCGUCGUCGUAGCCUUUGUCGUUGCCGUUGUUGUCGUUGAUGUUGAAGAUCUAAGCGUAACGCCGCAGUCGUGUCCGCGCCGGCGGACGCGCGACCGCCCGCCCGCCAAAGAACGGCCGACUAAAAUGGCCCAAGCCCGAACGCGUUGAUCGUCGCCGGGCCAAAAACGAGACGAGCGUGGCGCGUCGGACACCGUUGGUGUGUGUUUGCAUAGCAUGACAUAUAUCAACAACGCAAUCAUGUUGAUCGAAGAAGAAGUCGCCGGCAACAUGUCGAACAAACACAACAGCAAGGUUCAAGAUAAAAAUAUUUGGAAAUCAUUGCGGACGCACAUUUUAUCUCGCCGCGAGAAGAACAAACAAGCUGAAGUUGAUGCUGAGGUGCUAAGAAAAAAAAAAAUGUGUAGAAUAUCAAAAAAUGCAAGAAAACAAAUUGUCAUUAGCACAGAUCAAUGGCCGUUUAUCUCAACUACGAGACAAACGUGAUGAACUUGAAGAAGAAAAACGUGCACUAUUGAAUCAGUCACAAGCUACUGAUGAUAGUAUGGCAACUUCUUUAGUAGUGCCUAAAACUGAUUCUAAUUGUGAACCUAUAAACAAUAAGACAGUAGUCACUAACAAUAUCAAUAAUGCUGUAGUUACAAAUCAUCGGUCAACCCCUUUACUUCAACAACAACAACAACAACAACAUUUAUAUAGACAACAAACUACAGCAGUAAAUGCACAGUCUAGUGCAGGAUCUCCUGCUGCAGGUAGCGGAUUAAGUCCAUUGGCACAACAGUCUUUGAUGAUGCACAAUUCCAGUACCAGUAACACUGGAGGUAGUAACCAAACAUUAUUGGUUUGUUCGCCAGCCACAAUUAAUGCUGCAAACAAUCAGAACAAUAAUGUGACUCGUUCUACUAUGUCAUUACCAGCUUCUUUAUCUAGCACAAUGACUUUUACAAAAUUUCCGACGCUGUAUAGCAGUAGUACCACUCAUUUAUUAGCGCCGAAUGUUGGAACCAGUAACAAAAUGGGUAGAACGCCAUCUCCCCAACCCCAAAAUAUACAGCAGCAAAACUAUCAACAGCCACAAAUUGUUGUACCUUUCCCUCCAUAUAAGCCAAUGAAUAGUGGUGGUAGCACUACUAAUAAUUUAAAUUCUACUGCUCCAGCUCCUGUAGUAAAUAGCAUAAAUCAGUCAUUAGCUACUGGAACCAAUAGCAAUUAUCCUAUUGAAAAUUCAAAUAGACGUGGAAAUAGAGAAGAUACUACACAGUCAUUUAAUAGAAAUGUUUGGAUAAACAACAACUGCAACAAUAGUAACAAAAACUCACAGCCUAAUGUCAGCAACUAUGGAUCAUUCUACCAACCUAAUUCUACUUCUGCAGUUAAUUACUGUGUCAAUAAUGGCAUUUUAUCUUCAGCCCCAUCAUUAUCCUCUGUAAAUACAGUAUAUAGUUAUUCUGGGCCACCACCGCCACCACCUCCGCCACCGCCACGAACAGAAUCAUCUAAUAGUGUUAAUUUAAGUGUGAGUACAGCUGGUGAUCAUGGAGCUCAGCAAAUACCAAAGCCUCUGUCUUCUCAUCAACACCACCAACCUCAUCACCAUGCACACUCCCAUCCACCUAUGUACAUGAGCCCAGGCAUUCGAAACCAAACUAGUAAUCACACAUAUCACCCUAAACCACCUCAUGGUGUCUACCCGGAUGAUAAGUUAGUACCUCCUCCGCCAUCUAAUUUUUAUCAACAGCAAGGCAAUAGAAAUAUUCAUUUGUCAAAUACUACAACAGUUACGUCACAACCACAUCAGAUGAAUCAAAAACCGCACAAUAUUGGUUAUCCUAUGCGACACCCCACAGCUGCAUCUCCAGCUUCCCAACUCUCUCCAGCAAUUAUUCAGUCGUCUCAACAACACGCCUCAUAUACUGUUCCGACAAGUUCAGUCACAGGGUAUUCAAAUAAACCACCUGCCACUGUUGUUUCAACUGCCGAUAUGCCUAGAUAUCAACAACAACCACCGCAAACGCCAAUGUCUAGACACGAAUAACAUUUGUAUCAUUAAUAAAUGUUGAUAGUUGACGAGAGUACAUAGAUUAAAUGGAAUUUAAUGUACUUUAAUGUAUUGCUUAGUCUUAAUAAUUUCUUAAACACUGAGUAUGAAAAAUACUGUGGUGUUGUUAUACAUUAUUAUUAUAAUUAUAUAUAUAUUUUUUUGUACUUUGUAAAUUUACACAUACUUUUUAAGUUGUUUUAUAUACGCGGGGGUAUUCAAUUAUAAUAUUGAUAUUUGUAUGUAUAAAAAUGAUUUUUAAAUAAUUCUUGAUAUAGUUUAAAUAUUUUAAUUGUAUAACUGAUUAAAUUAUUUAAUAAACUGAUUGUUUAAUUUGGUUACAUA